CGUGCACAUGCGCAGACGGCCACGGACCUGCUGACACCGGUAGUGACGCGAAAAUGGCGUCCUCCUCCGCCCGGCUUGCUACACGCUGGUUAUCGGCGUCAGUUUCUCCUAUACAACAUAGCGGUCGUUUUCUGCAUGUCUCCGCCAGACCUAAAGGAGUUUGUUCAGCGACGACAUUGCAGGCGCACCGGGGAGGGAUAGCGAUAACCCUGAGCCCGUGGACAAACCGACAUGUCGUGACAUUGACAGGACUGACAGCCAUAAGAUGUCCCCGUGGGGCUGCCUGCCACUCCUUUCACACCAGCAGCAGGUUUGCAAACAAGCAAGACUUGUAUGAAGUCUUGGGUGUCUCUCGCACUGCCUCACAGAAGGACAUCAAGAAGGCUUACUACCAGUUGGCAAAAAAGUACCACCCGGACACCAACCCAGAUGACCCAGAGGCCAAAGAGAAGUUUGCUAAGCUGGCUGAAGCAUAUGAGGUGCUGAGCGAUGAGGUGAAGAGGAAGCAGUAUGACUCAUACGGAGCAGCAGGCUUCGACCCAAAUCGUGCUGACACAGCCCAGCAGCACUACUACAGGACUGGAGGGACCAGUAUAGACCCCGAGGAGCUCUUCAGGAAGAUCUUUGGAGAGUUUACUCAAGGAAUGGGCUUUGGAGACAUGCACAACAUGUUUGAACAAAGGCCUGAGUAUGUGAUGGACCUUGCCUUUUUAGAGGCAGCAAAGGGCGUGAACAAGGAGCUGAAUGUGAACAUCGAUGACGACUGCCCGAGGUGUAAUGGAAAGGGCAGUGAGCCGGGCACCAAGGUGUCUCACUGUCACUAUUGCAACGGCACUGGCAUGGAGUCGGUGAACACGGGUCCUUUCAUGAUGCGCAGCACCUGUCGACGCUGCGGCGGGAGGGGGUCCAUCAUAAUCACACCCUGCGCGCUGUGCCGAGGCUCGGGCCAGACCAAGAAGAGCCUGACGGUCUCUGUGCCAGUACCUGCUGGAGUGGACAACGGUCAGACGGUGCGAAUGUCAGUAGGGAAAAGAGAAAUCCUCAUUACGUUCAGGGUCCAGAGAAGCCCAGUUUUCAGGCGCGAUGGUUUGAACAUCCACUCAGAUGCAUACAUCUCUAUAGCUCAGGCCAUCCUGGGGGGCACAGCCACGACGCAGGGACUCUAUGAUCCCAUCAGUAUAGUGAUUCCCUCAGGUUGCCAGGCAGAUCAGGUGAUCCGCCUGCAAGGGAAAGGCAUUCGAAAGAUGAACAGCUACGUCUAUGGAGAUCACUAUGUUCACAUCAAGAUCAGAGUGCCAAAUAAGUUGACUCAGAGGCAACGCUCUCUCUUACUGACGUAUGCGGAAGAGGAGACAGAUGUUCAAGGGACUGUCAACGGGGUGGAUCCUUCUGCAGCAGGGCGCAGCAGCACUUCACCUUCCGGUUCGAAGUCAACCGGCUCAGAGGACAGUCAGGACAAGCGGCAGCAGGAGGAGGACGAGAAGCAGCAAGGAGGCUUCUUCUCCAAACUGAAGAAACUGUUUAGUUGAUGUUCAGGCUGCAGGUGGAAAACUACAGUAAACGUGUUCAAAAGAAAUCCACUGACAGGCCUCCAUGCUGUCACCUCUUGCUGUGGGGAUGGAGGGAGGAGGAGGAGGAGGAGGAGGAAGAAGCAGAGUGGCAUUUGUGUAGACACAGUUGCACAUUGUUGAAGCAGUGGUUGGCAAACAGGCCACAUGGACGUCAGGUCCACCCACACUCCCACUGGCCCAUCACCACAGUCAGGUGCUGAGCUGAGAAACUCAGUCACUGCUGGAAGAGGAAAAAGACUACAGAGGACUAUUGUGGGAUCACUUUCCUCCCUGUGUACUGUGUUUGAACCUGCACUGCUCAGUGAGUCCCGAAGUGCUUUACAAACAGCAAGAUGAGCCAAAAAAGGAAUUAAAGGUCAGCUUAAAAAAAAAGAUCUCAUUGUAGCACUGACAUUUCAGCUUCUCUUCCUGUGCAGUCAGACUCUUGUCUGAAUAGUACACUGCUAUGUCCGACGCACACAUCAUGGUAACUGGUCAGUUAAAUAAGUCGUAUGGGUUUUAGGAAAAACAGUUUUAGAGACAGUUUUGUUUUUUGAUCCAACACUCACUAGAUGUUAAAUCUUCCACAAUACGCUAAACAGCAGUCCUGUGAAAUGGGAGCAUAUUGCAGUUAUACCAGGAGCUAAAAUCAGGUAGAGAAAAGGAACUGAUAACCGUCUCAGUCACACUUAGGUGUACUCUGUAUGAUUUGUUGUAUCUGUGUGUGGCAGCAAAACUGUGCAAAUACAAAAUUAAAUAAAAUACUAAAGCAAUUGAAA